AUGUGCUGCAUUCCAGACACCAAAGAGAAGCCUUUCAUCUGCCAUUGCGGAGCUGCGUUUACACGUCGGGAUCUCCUAACCCGCCAUCAGAGAAUCACAUCUCACGAGGACACACCCCCAGAUGAUAAACCAACGCCUUCGGCGUCCUGUUCUGUUCCAUCGGUAGAUCACCAAGCUACCACCAACGCCACCGUCACUACAACUGUGACAACAGUGGAGCCUACGCAAUGGUCAAACCCAACCCAUCAACAACGGGCUCAAACUCCGACGGAGAUAUAUUCACUUGGUCAUGGUAACAACAGUAUGGUAGCACAACCAUUUCAGCAGAAUAUUCUCCCGCCACAUUUCUUUGAUAGCAGUGCGAUAGAUGGCGUAAGUACGGGGUUCGAUGCCCAGUUCCGUGAGUUCGCAAAUUUCCUGGACGGGGUAGGGCUUCCAGCAGAAUGGAGCCCCUACUUUCAGGGCCCAGAGAAAGAAGAUGUCCUAGAUCCUGCCUUGCGCAACAGAGAUGAUGCAAAUUACACGCAGAGCCAGAGACCCGGUACACCGUUCAAUGCUUGGCUUCCCUCAGCCCCUGCAAAGAAUCGAAUGCACCAUGAUCUUACAGAAUACAGCCCUCGUUCCCAUGAAGGUGAUUCUCAACCCUUCAGGGUCACUGACGACCAGCGUUCCCGCCUCAUUGCUGCGACAGAGGCUUUCCGCGAUGUUCUUGAUCCUACUUUCAAAUUCCCAUCACGCCAUGCAUUGACGCGAUAUGUGACCUCCUUCUUUGAGGGGUUUCAUUCCCAUAUGCCUUUCAUCCAUGUCGCAACGUGGCGGCUAUCGGACCAUGCUUUGGAACUGAUCCUCGGGAUUGCAGCUUUGGGCAGUCAGUACUGCUUCGAACGUCGCAAUUCAGAGUCGCUAUUCCAUGCUGGCCAAGCAAUCCUCGUAGAGAGGAUACGACGCGAGGCUGGCAAAUUUGGUGCCAAGAGCCGCUCCUACCUGGGUCUCCAUGACCCCUCGCCGCUUAAAGGAGCCACGCGACCCGAGCACGUCGCACGAGACCCUUUCAAUGAGUGGGCAACCUGGGAACCCAUUGAGACGGUACGCGCUCUCGUUCUUCUCAUGGGCUAUGCUACUUGGGAACCCAAGGUCGCCCUUCUCCAAGAGGCAUUCACCUUGCAAGGACUCCUUGCUCAGGUUCUUCGUGAUCUCGGCCUCGGCGAGGAAACCCAUCCGUCCUUGACAGACGGCACCAACGGAUCCCAAGCAGUUUGGGAGGCCUGGGUACGGCAGGAAUCCGUUCGACGCACCAAGCUGAUCGCGUUCUCUUUUCUUCACAUACACAGUAUUGCAUACAACGUCUAUCCUGUUCUGCGGAGCAACGAAAUCAACCUCAGAUUGCCGUGCUCGACCAAGGAAUGGAAGGCACCCAAUGCAAUGCAGUGGCAGGCUGCUCACAGCGAGAUAUCCAAGCAGCAGCUGUUCUUUCAGCAUGCGUUGUCCUUGCUGUUGAAGAAGGCUGACGACGGCAUGGGAAUUCUGGAUCCGAUUCCAACACCACUUGGCAAUUACGUGCUCCUUCACGGGCUUCUGCAGCGCAUAUACAUUGUCAGAGACUUGUCUCUUCCCGUUAUGGAUCACUCGGCUCAGCUGCCGGCGGAAGAAGUCGAUAAGCUUGAGUUAGUACCCGCUUGA